AUGUUUAGAUCAAUACUUAGAUUCCCAUCCAAAAUAUCUACUGGGGUGUCAGUAUUCAAACAAUUUGCAUCUACUACUACUACUACUACUACCAUCAAUACAGUAUUUGCAAGACCUUCUAUACUAGCAUCUACGUCGACAACAUUCAAUUCAUCAUCACCAUCUUUAGUAUCUUUUUUCCCAUACAAUAGACCAACUUCAACUCCAGUUGAAUUCCAACCAUUAUCUAUAGAACCAAAAGAAUAUGAUUUAGAUACUGUUGAUAAAGAUGAUGAUAAUAAUACUAUGCAUGCAUUAUCAGUAUUAAGAAAAAGAAGAUUGAAAAUGAAGAAACAUAAAUAUAAGAAAAGAAGAAAGGCUCAAAGAGCAUUAAGAAAAAGAUUAGGUAAAUAA